AUGAAACCGCCGACCACUACCAUAGUUGCCCACGAAGAGCCGAUUAUCAUUCCUCCCAACGGUGUCUUUACCGACUGGGAAGCGGAGAUUGGUAUCGUCAUCGGCAAACGCGGGAAAUUCAUCUCGGCUGAUGAAGCCUACGAUUACGUCGCGGGAUACACUGCGGUCAAUGAUAUUUCCGAGCGCGAGCUAAAAGGCGAUGAAUGGUUUGAUUGGCUCAAUGGCAAGUGGUACGACACCUUUGCGCCAGUUGGUCCAUGUCUGACAACAACGGAUGAAAUCCCGGAUCCGAACAGUCUGCGUAUCGCCUGUCGCGUCAACGGCGAAACCAAGCAAGAUGCCAAUACGGGACACAUGAUCUUUAACUGCGCGGAAAUCGUGGAAUUUACCUCAACGCUGGUCACGCUUGAACCGGGCGAUAUUAUCUCAACAGGCACACCCGCAGGUGUUGGACACCCCGAUCAGAAACUAGUCGAUGGGGAUGUCGUCGAGGUCGAAAUUGAGAAGAUUGGUGUUUUGAGGAAUCCCGUUGUUCAGGGAUAA